CAUUCAAAUCAUUUCAUCAAAACACAAAAAAUACGAAAACUGAAAGAGGAAGAAGACCAAGACCCAGUUGGAUCCACCAACCCAUUUUCUCUCAACAACCUUCAUUUCUGAUUCUCCAAUUCUCUCUCUACUUCUUCAAAGAGGAGAGAGAGAGAAAGAGAGAAAAGAGGGAGGGAGGUAGUGAAAGUAAAGCGCCGCAAAACAACCAACAAUGGCUACAGUCACCACCAUCUCCAACUUCUACACUUCUCACUCUCAAUUUCCCCCUUCACCAAACACCCCCCGCCAUUUCUCUCUCUCUCCAAAAAGCUUCACUUUCACCAUCAUCUCGCGCACUAAAAUCACCCCAACUCCCUGCCUCCAACUCACCACCUCCCGCUUCCACCGAUCCCCGCUCGCAGCCGCCGCGUACGGCGGUGAGCCCCCAUCAGGCGGAGGUGGACACGGCGGAAGUGGAGGUAAUAACAAUGACGGUGAUGGAAGUGGUGAGGACCGAGAUCGAAACAAGGCGGAGGCCCUCGCGGCAAUGGCUGAGGCUGGGAGGUCGUCGGAGAGUCUGCCGAAGGACUUGGCGGCGGCUAUAGAGGCGGGGCGGGUGCCGGGGUUGAUUGUGAAGAGGUUCUUUGAGCUGGAGAAGUCGGCGGUGUUCAGGUGGUUGCUUGGGUUUGAUGGGUUCAAGGAGCGGUUGCUUGCGGACGACUUGUUCUUGACUAAAGUUGGCAUCGAGUGCGGCGUUGGGAUAUUCACCAAGACUGCUGCAGAAUUGGAGCGGCGCCGAGAAAAUUUUACCAAAGAGCUGGAUUUUGUUUUUGCGGAUGUGGUGAUGGCCAUCAUAGCUGAUUUUAUGCUUGUCUGGCUUCCCGCUCCUACUGUUUCACUUCGACCACCUCUUGCUGUCAGCGCAGGCCGUAUUGCUAAGUUCUUCUAUGGGUGUCCGGAUAAUGCUUUCCAGGUAGCUUUGUCUGGAACAUCUUACUCACUCUUACAGAGAAUAGGCGCAAUAGUGAGAAAUGGAGCUAAACUAUUUGCAGUCGGGACUGGUGCAUCUCUGGUUGGUACGGGUGUAACCAAUGCCUUGAUUAAUGCACGAAAAGCUAUCGAUAAAUCUUUUGCUGGUGAAGCAGAGGAUGUUCCCAUAUUGUCAACUAGUGUGGCCUAUGGAGUUUAUAUGGCGGUUUCUAGCAAUCUAAGGUACCAAGUUCUUGCCGGAGUAAUUGAACAACGCCUUCUAGAACCCUUGCUGCACCAACACAAGCUUAUACUGAGUGCAAUGUGCUUUGCUGUUCGAACUGGCAACACGUUCUUGGGUUCCUUGAUGUGGGUCGAUUAUGCACGUUGGAUUGGAAUUCAAAAGAUCCGAGAGUAGAGCGCACGGCAGAUAACCAGUCACAUGAUUGUUGUAAGUAAAUUGGUGUUGGAUAUUGAUUUCAUUUUACAGAAUUACAGAUUGUACAUCAAUGGAAUUAUACGGGUGCUUUUGGUUUGGUUCA